CAGACUGUGAUCAGCUGAAGUUUUGUAAAGUCUUGUGCUCCGAAGGAAAGUGAGCGCGCGCCGUGAUCCGCGCGGUGGCUUCAUAUAACGCUCCGUCUCCUGCCCUUUGUUGUUGUUCUCACGCUAACGUGCGCGAUCCGAGGAGCCGACACGACUGCGCGGUCGCAUUCCGCCCCGACUUCCCCUCUGCCAGCGGCCUGGUUGCUUUGAGAUGAGCAGAAGAUGUCGGUGUCGGGGCUGAAGGCCGAACUGAAGUUUCUGGAGUCCAUUUUUGACCCAAAUCACGAGCGGUUCCGAAUAAUAGACUGGAAACCCGACGAGCUCAGUUGUCAGUUCAACGUAACUGGAGAGAAGCUGCUGAUCAUUCAUUGCAACAUCACGGAAUCCUAUCCCUCCACCCCCCCAAUAUGGUUUGUUGACUCCGAUGAUCCCAGUCUUGCUGAAGUGCUGGAGCGCUUAGAGGAUGUGAGGAAAGGCAGCACAUUGCUUCUCCAGCAGCUGAAGCGCCUCAUUUGUGACCUCUGUCGGCUUUACAACCUUCCACAACAUCCUGACGUGGAAAUGCUGGACCAGCCUCUCCCCGCCUGUCCCAUCACCCAAGACCGCAAGCAUGUGCCAUCCGAUGAGGUGACAUCAGAGGAGGAGGAGGAGGAAGAAAUGGCAGAGGACAUAGACCUGGACCAAGACCUGGACCAUUACGAAAUGAAAGAGGAGGAGCCUGUUGACGGCAAAAAAUCAGAAGAUGACGGAAUAGAAAAGGAAAAUUUGGCCAUCUUGGAAAAAAUACGAAAGAACCAGAGACAAGACCACUUAAAUGGUGCUGUCUCUGGUUCGGUCCAAGCUUCAGAUCGCCUCAUGAAAGAACUCAGGGAGAUCUACAGGUCGCAAAGUUACAAGACAGGUAUUUAUUCAGUCGAACUAGUCAGUGACAGCCUGUAUGAAUGGCAUGUCAAGUUAAGGACGGUAGACCCAGAUAGUCCAUUACAUAGUGACUUACAGGUUUUAAAAGAAAAGGAGGGAGUGGAUUACAUUCUGCUGAAUUUCUCUUAUAAAGAUAAUUUUCCUUUUGAUCCACCUUUUGUGCGGGUUGUCACACCUGUGCUCUCCGGAGGUUAUGUUCUUGGAGGGGGGGCCUUGUGCAUGGAGCUUCUAACAAAACAGGGCUGGAGCAGUGCCUAUUCCAUAGAAUCUGUCAUUAUGCAGAUCAAUGCAACUCUGGUUAAAGGCAAAGCUAGGGUGCAGUUUGGAGCCAAUAAGAACCAGUACAGUCUUGCCAGAGCACAACAGUCAUACAAAUCCCUGGUGCAGAUUCAUGAAAAGAAUGGCUGGUACACACCACCUAAAGAAGAUGGAUAAGGACCUGCCGCCACCGUGCACUGGAACCAUGUAUUCCGGGCAUCUUGUUUUCUUUGAAAAGUUGCCCCUCUCUGACUUAACUGGGAAAUAUCUAAUCAUUUUCAUGAAAACCAUCUCAUCUGACGAGCAUCGUUCGGUUCGCUCCCGAAGACAGAACUCUGAUGUCGCUCCUCCUGUCAGUGUUUGAGUUCGCAGGAGUUUUUCAGACGAUCACCUGUCCUAUUUCUUUUUUCCUUUUGCUUGUUCAUUUUUCUUUCAGAAAAAGAAGAAAAAACAACUAAUUUCUUCCUUUUUAUUGUUGGGGGGGGGGGGGUGCUUUCUCUUUCAGCUGCUUUAAAAAAGUGAGUGUCACGGCCCCCCCCCCCACCCCUUAAGUGAAUUUUAAAAGAUUUAUACAGAAGCUCUUGAAGUGGCACCUCAUUGCACCUCAAUGUUUUUAAUCGACUAUGAUUUUUGUUUCUUUUUUUUUUGUGGAAAUUAAAAGGUACAUAAAGGCAAAUAUUGUUUUAGAAAUAUUGUUUUGCAUUUGUUUUUAUUUGAGCAUCAUAGAUAAUAAAGGAGCCAAUUUGAUAUAUUGGAUACUUAUCCUAAAAUUAGGUCUGGUAUCGUUUACCUUCAUUUUUUCCCCCCUCUUUGUUUUUUUUUCUUUUAAACCAUUUGACUACGCAGAAUCAAAAACAUGAGAUGAACAUCUCCAUACAGUAAAACUUGUUUGUUUUUUUUAACCAGAAAAUGUUGGAGCUAUGAAUUAGUUUUUGCCCCUAUUUGUUUGCUCCUCUUGUUUCUUGAACCUCAGUCUCUUUUGUGGGUUACAGCUGUUGAGGCAGAUGUUUAGCUUGACGCUGACAGUGAAGCUGAAUCAGCAGGAGAAAACAAACCUCAUUCUACCCAUUUUUAGAGCCUAUACCUUCCUGUAAUUUGUGGUAACGUGUGGGCAGUUAUUAAUCUCAUCGAUGCUGUAUUCCCUUAAAAGAACAGAAACUUUAAGGGUUUUUUCUCUUCUACAGCUAAAAGCUUCUCUGCUUUCUGGGCAGAGCUGAGCCCAAACAUUUUCUUCUUCUAAAGUCAAAGCUUAGUGCUGCCACAGCGGAAUAAAAACAAAAAAAGCUGUUAUCAAUAUUCAAAUGCAAACGGAGAGACUGUGCAACGCUUUAUCGCUUCUUUUUCUGUUUUCCUUAACGCAGCAUUUUUUUUCCUCUUUUUUUUUUUUCCACUAUGGAUGUGAGGAGCUGUUACCGUUCAUCAGAUUUACAGCCUGAGUCUCAUGACUGAGUUAGCCACACCCCUUCAAACCCAUCGCUGUUAUGAGGUUGGGUUUGCUCUGGAGUGCCCCACCCUCCUCUCUGUUUGAUGUUACGAUCACAGAAAACUCAUUUCAUGAAAACCUGAACCUGCACAUGUUAUCUUUAACAAUGCAAUAUACAGUAGUACAUCAUAAGUAUUGCUGGUCCCUCUACUCCACAAGACACACACUGUAUCCAUCAGUCUGAUGGCUCUUUUGCAGAGUCUGCAAAAGUAGGCAACUCAGGUAACCAUACUUCAGAGGUUGUUCCUACACGACUGUGUUGACGUAUCUGAUGGUGCUGUGGACCCCAGUUUUUCUUUCUUGCCUGUUGGUCUGACAGUUUCAAAGGUUUCCAGCUGUUGAGAAGUGAUGGUUUCGCAGCCGCAUGUUGGCGUUUUGCAUCUUUUAUUCCCAGUUUUUGCAUGGAGUCUUUACAAUUUUCCUCGUUGGGAUAAGUGGUAACGAUGUGUUUGUGCAGGUGUUACAGCAUAAAAAGAUUAAAGUCAACGUGCUAACUGUGUAUUUUCAAAUCUUAAAUUAUAUUUCCCAGUACACAGUUGUUGCACUACUUUGGAUUUCUCUGAGAAAAGGAGGACUACUUUUCCUGAUGGGGGGGGUGCAAAGUCUCCCUUUGCAAAAGAGCCAGAACGCCUCAAAACGGGUCGAAGGAGCGACAGAGAUGACGGAGAAUCCUCUUCUCCACAAUCUCUUCAUCUUUGGACACCAACAGAAACAUGGAGUCUGGCUCUGUCGGCUCGCUCUGGUUUUCCUUUCAUUUUCCAUUUUCCAUCUGAAGAAAUUUUGACCAUGUACAGAAAUUUGUAAACUUGCAUCAAGUUUAUGAAUAAAGAAUUUUAAGAUGA